UUUUACAUCUGCUGGGUGGGCUGUGUGGGGGAGUGCUAACAGAACACAGCUUGAGGACAGACGGCUUUCUGUCUCUGCAGUAGAGUAACUUAAUGGCUUCCCCUCCCUCACCAUCUCCCUGUGGAAGUCCUGAACGACGCUGAAGCCCCUCCCUCCAUCCAUCUGCUCUGGGUCGGGUAGUUGAGGCCAAGGGGAGCUGAGGGGGAGUAAACCGGAUAUGGACUUUGGUUUAUUGGAAACUUUGGCAAACAGAGGGGUGAGGAAGGAGAGCCCACAGAGCAAAAGCAGCCACUUUGGUCAGGGCCAGGCUGUGGUUAAGGUGGGGAGUGGAGAGGAUGGGUGACCCGGUCCUUGGUUUGGGGGAGGGGCUGGCUCUGGGGUGUACACACCCAUCCGUGCGCAGCCCCGAGGGACUGCGAAGUCGGAGAAAACCACAUCUUUCCAUUGACCUCUGUAUUGUCGGCCCGAAGCCAUUCUGGACGAUUAGGAGGGGGUGGCGCUACCUUAUCUGGGGCGUGCAGACGGGUGGUAGCCUCCUCACCACGCCCCUUUUCUAGGGUCGGGGAGCCGAGGUCACGUUUCAUCUCCGUGUCCUACUACCGUGCUCCCCCAAACAGGUCUGCGCACUCUUAGUGCGCGAGGACACACCGCCUCUCCCCGGGCUCCGGCUUCGGAAAGAGACUGAGGGCGGGUGCUCCGGGAGGCCAGGAGGAGGAGGGAGGGCCAGCGGCCGGGGGCGGGGCAGUGGCCGAGGUGAGGGGCUGCGCCAGGGGUUCCACUGUACAGGCAGCUCCGAGGGGGCGGCUCUGGGGGGUAAGGGCGGGGCGGGGGCGGGGUGGGGGCGGAGCUGCGGGGCAGGCGAGCCGGGGCUGGGGCCCCAGUAGCUCAGCCGGAGCACUGCGCACCGAGCCAGUCGUCCUGUCAGGCCGCCCGGCUUACCGCCUGCAGCGCCCGGCCCUUCCUCAUGCUGGCAUCCCCGGCCCCAGACACCGAAGUCCCCAUGUCCCAGGCGGAGGCUGACCUGCCCCUGCGGCCCCCGCCGCCCCUCGCCGCGGCGGGGCCGCCCCGCCUCGGGCCCCCUCCCCGCCGGGUGCGCCGCUUCUCCGGGAAGGCUGAGCCCCGGCCGCGCUCUUCCCGUCUCAGCCGCCGCAGCUCAGUCGACUUGGGGCUGCUGAGCUCUUGGUUCCAGCCAGCCUCACCCGUUCCGGAGCCCCCUGAACCGCCGGACUCCGCUGGUUCCGGCCCCGCGAUGAGCCCACCGCCCAGUGCCGAAGAGCCCCCUGAGGGCACGUGGACCGCGGGCGCCCCGGUGAAGCCUGCAGACUCCGAGCGUUCGGAGCCCGCGGGUUCCACAGGAGGGUCGGGGUCCCGGGAACAGCCGAGGAUCAGUGAGGCGGCGGCAGCCCGGGAGCGGCGGCGGGAGCAAGAGGAAAAAGAGGACACGGAGACCCAGGCUGUGGCAACGUCCCCGGACGGCCGAUACCUCAAGUUUGACAUCGAGAUUGGACGUGGCUCGUUCAAGACGGUGUAUCGAGGGCUGGACACCGACACCACGGUGGAGGUGGCCUGGUGUGAGCUGCAGACUCGGAAACUGUCUCGAGCCGAGCGGCAGCGAUUCUCAGAGGAGGUGGAGAUGCUCAAGGGGCUGCAGCACCCCAACAUCGUCCGCUUCUACGACUCCUGGAAGUCGGUGCUGAGGGGCCAGGUUUGCAUCGUACUGGUCACCGAACUCAUGACCUCUGGCACGCUCAAGACAUACCUGAGGCGGUUCCGCGAGAUGAAACCACGAGUCCUUCAGCGCUGGAGCCGCCAAAUCCUGCGUGGGCUCCAUUUCCUACACUCCCGGGUACCCCCCAUCCUGCACCGAGAUCUCAAGUGUGACAACGUCUUUAUCACCGGCCCUACGGGCUCCGUUAAGAUCGGGGACCUGGGCCUGGCCACGCUCAAGCGCGCCUCCUUCGCCAAGAGCGUCAUCGGGACCCCGGAGUUCAUGGCCCCAGAGAUGUAUGAGGAAAAGUACGACGAGGCCGUGGACGUGUACGCGUUUGGCAUGUGCAUGCUGGAGAUGGCGACCUCGGAAUACCCCUACUCAGAGUGCCAGAAUGCCGCUCAAAUCUACCGCAAGGUCACCUCGGGCACGAAACCCAACAGCUUCUACAAGGUGAAGAUGCCCGAGGUAAAGGAGAUCAUUGAAGGCUGCAUCCGCACGGAUAAGAAUGUGAGGUUCACCAUCCACGACCUUCUGGCUCACGCCUUCUUCCGCGAGGAGCGCGGCGUCCAUGUGGAGUUGGCGGAGGAGGACGACGGAGAGAAGCCGGACCUCAAGCUCUGGCUGCGCAUAGAGGACGCGCGGCGAGGGGGGCGCCCACGGGACAACCAGGCUAUCGAGUUCUUGUUCCAGCUGGGCCGGGACGCGGCCGAAGAGGUGGCUCAGGAGAUGGUGGCCCUGGGCUUAGUGUGUGAAGCUGAUUACCAGCCAGUGGCUCGUGCAGUGCGUGAACGGGUUGCUGCCAUCCAGCGAAAGCGUGAGAAGCUGCGCAAAGCUAGGGAGUUGGAGGCCCUCCCCCCAGCGCCGCGACCCCCACCAGCAGCUGUCCCCACGACUCCUGGUCCCUCCGGUGCCUUCCCUCCUGAGCCCGAGGAGCCAGAGGCAGACCAGCACCAGCCCUUCCUCUUCCGCCAUGCCAGCUAUUCAUCUACCACCUCGGAUUGCGAGACUGAUGGCUACCUCAGCUCCUCCGGCUUCCUGGAUGCCUCAGACCCUGCCCUUCAGCCCCCUAGUGGGGUGCCAUCCAGCCCCGCUGAGUCCCAUCUCCACCUGCCCGCGGCUUUCGCUCUAUCCAUUCCACGUUCUGGCCCCAGCAAUGACUUUUCCCCUGGAGAGAGUUAUGCCUCAGAUGCAGCAUCAGGCCUUAGUGAUAUGGGAGAAGGGAUGGAACGGAUGAGGAGACCCCCAGGGAAAAACCUCCGGCGUAGACCCCGAUCCCGGCUUCGGGUCACAAGUGUCUCAGACCAGAAUGACAGAGUGGUUGAAUGCCAGUUGCAGACGCACAACAGCAAGAUGGUGACCUUCCGAUUUGAUCUGGAUGGGGACAGCCCAGAAGAGAUCGCAGCUGCCAUGGUGUAUAAUGAGUUCAUUCUGCCCUCGGAGCGAGCUGGAUUCCUGAACCGGAUUCGGGAGAUUAUCCAGCGAGUGGAGACCCUGUUGAAGAGAGAUACUGGCCCUGCGGAGGCUGCUGAAGACCCUCUGAGUCCCCAGGAGGAGCCAACACCACUGCCUGCUCUCCUGGGGUACCCCCCAGAUCCACCCAGGGCAGAGCUCCAGAGCAGCACCUCCCUGGAGCAGAGAUCCUGGGCAGCUUUCUCUGCCUCCACAUCUCCUGGAACCUCCUUGUCUUCUGGAAACUCCUUUUCUCCUGGAACCCCUGUUUUCCCAAGUCCCAUCCUUCCCAUCACUUCUCCCCCAUGUCAUCUCAGCCCCUCCUCAUUCUCCCCAGUUUCUCCUCAGGCCUCCUCAAAUCUCUCUCCACGCCCCCCAAGCUGCCCACUUCCAUUCCCCCCCAGUGCACCCCAGUUUCCAGUCCCAUCUGCUCAGUUUCCACAGAGUUCUCCCCUCCCCGAUUGUUUCCAGGUCACUCUCACUCCUCCCUCCUUUCCCCCCUGCCCCUCUGCUUGUCCCCUCCCCUCCACCACUGCAUCCCCUCUCCUCUCUCUGGCCAGUGCCUUCUCUCUGGCUGUGAUGACCGUGGCUCAGUCCCUGCUGUCCCCGGCCCCUGGGCUCCUGUCCCAGUCUCCUCCAGCUCCUCCUGGUCCUCUCCCUAGCCUGCCCCCUCCCACUCCCAGUACUCCUUGUGGCCAGGAGCGGCCUUCAUCGCUGACAGCUGAGAUGGAGAGUGAGGCCUCUCCGAAUCUUGGUCGGUCACUCCCGGGUGAAGCCAGAUUGGCGCCCAUCUCGGAAGAGGGAAAGCCUCAGCUUGUUGGGCGCUUCCAAGUGACUUCAUCCAAGGAGCCAGCUGAGCCUCUUCCCCUGCAGCUGGCACCCCCAACUCCCUCUGGCUCCCCGAAGCCUCAAACCCCUCAGCUGACCUCGGAGAGCUCGGACACGGAGGACAGUGCUGGAGCCAGGCCAGAGGCCAGGGAGGCUCUGGCUGAAAGUGACCGUGCAGCUGAGGGCCUAGGGGCUGGAGCUGAAGAGGAAGGGGACGAUGGGCAGGGACCCCAAGCAGGGGGCAGCCCUCCACCCCUGAGCCAUCCCAGCCCAGUGUGGAUGAGCUACUCCUGUAACAGCCUGUGUCUGAGCAGUGAGGAGUCAGAGAGCAGUGGAGAGGACGAGGAAUUCUGGGCUGAGCUGCAGAAUCUUCGGCAGAAGCACUUGGCAGAGGUGGAGGCACUACAGACACUACAGAAACAGGAAAUCGAGGACUUGUAUGGCAGGCUUGGGAAGCAGCCCCCGCCAGGGAUCGUGGCCCCUGCUGCUAUGCUGUCCAGCCGCCAGCGCCGCCUCUCCAAGGGCAGCUUUCCCACCUCACGGCGCAACAGCCUGCAGCGUUCUGAGCCCCUGGGCCCUGGUGAGACAGAAGUCACCAGCUCCCAUUGUUCCAGGGUCCCCUCCCUAGUGACCUGGCUUUCUUUCAGGCCCUGGGGGUCUGCCCCUUGGUGUGGGGGGACUCGCCCCCCACUUUCCCCUGUGGCCCCUCCCCUCAUUCAGUGCUCUCCCUCCCCAUCCUGCACCCAGGCUUCAUGCGAAGGAACUCCCUGAGCGGCAGCAGCACCGGCUCCCAGGAGCAGCGGGCAAGCAAGGGGGUGACAUUCGCCGGGGAUGUUGGCAGGAUGGUGAGGGCGGGCCCAAGGGAGGGAGAGCCCAGGGAAUGGUAACUGGCUUCAGCUGCAGCCUCCUCCAGCUCUGGAGGUUCCUUAGGACUUCUUCUUUUCCCUCCAGUGAAUUCUGAACAGAGGCCAUGUGUCUCACCCACACCUGGGCCCACCAUGGAGCUUGUGCCCUUAGAAUCUGCUGACCAGCACAACCCUGCAAGGAAGACCUCAGCACUGAGGGAGUAGGCGUGGACAGUGCUGCUCCGCUAGAAGAGCCAAACAUGUGGGAACUGUUUGCUGUGUGUAGAAGGUGUACGUUCUGUAAAUCCUCAUCCUUGCCACCUCCCCAGCAGAGAGAGAACCACUAAACAGUCCCACCUGAGUCCAGAUGCUUCUAGAAGGCACACUCCCAGUUGGGCAGGAGGAGGGAGAAUUAGUAGCAGCCAAUAAAAGUUCUGGAACCUA